AUACCUUUAUAAUAUUCUCAACUUACAUUAGCCUUCUUUCUCACAAAUUAUGAUUUUCCAUAUACCCCCCGAACUUUCCUAGUUCAAAAAUUAAACACAAUUUAUGUGGACUAGUGAGAAACACACGUGGUACCAAAAUUUCCAUAGUUCUAUAUAAAGAGGAAUGCUAAGAGGAGUUGGACUUAUCUUGUGAGUUUUACAGUGAGAACCACAAAUUUAAGAAUUGUUGUUGCAGGUACAAUGGCGACGGUGCUUCGUACCCUUUUACCAUUGAAAAGGACCAUUCUUCAACCGAUGCACCAAUUAACUUAGGCCCAACCUACUGGAAGGUUAAUUAAUCCCAGCCUAUCCUUCUGUAUGUGAUACGGUUUUCUCUUGUUCAUUCUUACAUUUCAAGCUCCACCUUUCACACCAUAUAUAAAAAUCUUGGUCAUUCACUGUGUUUCUGCUUGGAGAAUAAAAAAUCUUCCGAUGGACCACCAACCAGCAACACUCCCACCUCACAUACUCUUAUUUCCUUUUCCAAUUCAGGGCCAUGUGAAACCCACGCUCAACCUAGCCGAGCUUCUCUGUCUUCAUGGCCUCCAUGUCACCAUACUCAUCUCUGAGUACUGCCGUACCCGCCUCUUACGCCUCGGCAAUGUCCAAUCUGGCACCCUUCUCCAUCCUGCAUUAUGUUUUAAGACCAUAUCGGAUGGCCUCCCCGAAGACCAUCCGCGUGUUGGUAUGCGAGUCAUGGAAGUUACACCUCCUAACAUAGUAGGACCACUUUUCAGGGAGUUGAUGACAUCCACCAAUUGCCUGGGCUCUGAAACCCGAAAGCCCCUGACGUGCAUCAUAGCAGACGCGAUCCUAAGUUUUUUAGGUGAUUUCGCUAUAGAAAAGGGAAUACCAUUCAUUUAUUUCCCUUCCAUCAGUGCUUGCUCCUACUGGACUUCUUUCUGUAUUCCCCAAGUCAUUGAAGCAGAUGAAAUUCCCUUGAAAGGAAAUGACAUGGACUUGCUUGUUAAAAGUGUACCGGGCAUGGAAGGUUUUCUCCGGCGGCGUGACCUCCCGAUUUUCCGUGCUGACGACAUCAAUGAUCCAAAGCUUCAAUUCUUAAAGACUGAGUGCAGAAAAAAUCUUGUAGCGCAUGCCCUCAUAAUGAACACCUUUGACGACUUAGAAGAAUCCAUUCUCUCUCAGAUGCACACACAUUUCCCCAAUAUAUACACCAUCGGACCACUACACGUUCACCUGAGAAUCAGACUCGCUGUCGCCGAGAUGAUCUCAUCCUCCACCUCAACCACUUCUGUCAGUUUCUGGGAAGAAGACAGAAAAUGUUUGACUUGGCUUGAUUCACAGCCGUCCAAGUCUGUCAUCUACGUGAGCUUUGGAAGUAUCACUGUCAUGACAAGAGAGCAACACAUGGACUUCUGGUAUGGUUUGGUGAAUAGUGGGCAACGAUUCUUGUGGGUCAUACGGCCGGACUUCUUCGCCUCCGGCGAAGAUGUGGAGAGUCAGAUUCUGACGGAGCUGGAGGAGGGUACAAGAAAAAGAGGGUUCAUGGUGGGUUGGGCCCCACAGGAAGAGGUGUUGGCACACCCUGCUACUGGAGGGUUUUUGACUCACAGUGGGUGGAAUUCGAGUAUGGAGAGUAUAACUGCAGGAGUGCCAAUGAUUUGCUGGUCUUACUUUGCGGACCAAAUGGUUAAUAGUAGGUUAGUGAGUGAGGUUUGGAAGCUCGGUUUAGACAUGAAAGAUACAUGUGAUCGAGUAGUGGUUGAGAAGAUGGUUAGAGACCUGAUGGAAGUGAGGAAGGAUGAGUUCCAACAACGAGCGGAUCAGAUGGCAAAGAAGGCCAAACGAGCUGUGAGUGAAGGUGGAUCAUCCUACUUUAAUUUGGACCGUCUAAUUCAGGGCAUAAAAUCGAUGAUUGUAUGAUCAUACAUUUAAUCCGAUGUUAUUUAUAUUAAAACUGGACUUUUGAAGCAAAGUGAGGAUCACACAAUAACUGUAACUCUUUCUGUAUUUGUCUCAUAUCAGGGGCUAUGUUUUCUGUGCAUUAGUUGAAUGUACCUUACUUUCCAACCGACUUCUGUAUUAUUAACCCUACCACCCUAUCUCUAAUUACUCUAUAUAUCCUCUCUAUCUCUAGUUAGAGAGGAUAUAUUUACUCCAUCGAUAUGUGGUUUCGGUAAU